AUGGCAAGCAAAGGACCCACAACUUCUACAUCAACAAAGAACUCCAGUACUGGAGGGACCAGCGGCAGCAGUAAUGGUGCUGGGGAGAAUACUAACCAGGACAACACUUUUGAAUGUAACAUCUGUUUAGACACUGCCAAGGAUGCAGUUAUCAGCCUGUGUGGACAUCUUUUCUGUUGGCCUUGUUUACACCAGGGAUUCCAGGGCUUUGGGUUUGGCGAUGGUGGCUUCCAAAUGUCAUUCGGAAUUGGGGCGUUUCCCUUCGGUAUAUUUGCAACAGCAUUCAACAUAAAUGAUGGGCGACCUCCUCCAGCUGUUCCAGGGACUCCUCAAUAUGUGGAUGAGCAGUUCCUAUCCCGCCUCUUCCUGUUUGUGGCUCUGGUGAUAAUGUUCUGGCUGUUGAUUGCAUAAAUCUUUUUCAUUAUUCUGUAUAUUCAUGGCCAACAAGGCCACUGAAACAGUAACAAACUGCAUCCCCAUCCCAUUCUAAACGUCUUGGUGUCUGGUUCUGUAGCUAACUACGGGCUUCAGGAAUGGGUGGUACCACAGCACAACGAAGAAUCUCGCAUUUUGCACCGGAGUUGGAAAUUAAACAUUGGUUAAAAAGUGUAUUUCAGCUCAGCUAUUUUGUACAACAGGUUCCUGCCACAAACCACGGGCCUAGCUUUGAGCUCUGCUCCUAAAGGAGGGCUGCUUUGAAAUGCUGUGCCAAUCAGUGACACCAGGUUUAUGUGAAAGACAAUUGCCCCAAGGCAGACUGGGCAGGUGAGGAACCUUCCACAGUGUGAUCAGCAUCUCGUGCUUGGCAACCGCAAUGGAUCUGCCAGAGCUGUGGAUGUUAUUUCAUGUCUUCACAUCAACAUCCAGCCUUCUUCAGGAAAUCGUCUGCAGCACUGCUGGGACUCUUUGGGCACAGCACAUGAUGCAAAUGGAACCAGGUUGGGAGACUGGUUUCUUUUCUUGCUGUUACUUCCCGGCAUGAUGGAAUUCCCCUCCU